UCCUUACGGUCCUUCCUUCCUUCCUUGAGCCGCUCCAUCAGCCGCCUGACAGAAAACGACAACCGGAGGUAAAAAAUCCAGAUUAGCCCGAAAUCCUCCAAAAGCCGAGCGGGUCUUUCGAGUUAUGAUGGGCGGAAGGACGAGUGCCAUAGCGGCGGGUGUAUGCGGAGCUCUGUUUGUCGGUUACUGUAUUUAUUUCGACAGGAAACGACGGAAUGACCCGAACUUCAAGAACAGGCUACGAGAACGGAGAAGAAAGCAGAAGGCUGCCAAAGAGAGGGCAGGCCUGGCAAAGCUUCCAGAUCUGAAGGAUGCUGAAGCCGUGCAGAAGUUCUUCCUGGAGGAAAUCCAGUUGGGAGAGGAGCUGCUGGCUCAGGGAGACUACGAGAAAGGUGUGGAUCACCUGACCAACGCCAUCGCUGUGUGUGGUCAGCCUCAGCAGCUACUACAGGUGCUGCAGCAGACUCUGCCUCCACCCGUCUUCCAGAUGCUGCUCACCAAGCUGCCCAGUAUCAGCCAGCGUAUCGUGAGCGCACAGAGUCUGAGUGAGGAUGAUAUAGAAUGAGAGCCCAGAAGAAGCCACCCCUGCUCCCCGUUUGUUCAACACGACCUGCCCACACCUCGGCCUCCUGUCACUUUCACCCCAUCCAGCCUCCCUAAAGGGGUUCAGUUUCUCUUCCUUUGUCCAUUGAAAGGUUUUCUUUUUGAACUUGUAUUACCCGUUUUGGGGUAUUAGGAUAUCUAAAU